CUUCAGGAGGAAAGGUGCGCACAGUUUCUCUCCCAUUCUCGGAAAUAGUUCCUCCGUUCGACUCGUAUCUGAUUUAAGCGACUUUUCCCGCUGCUAUGUUACCGCCGCGGAUGUUGUGCUUUGAAACAGCUUUUAGUGACAUGAAUUUCGGUGCGCUGAGGAGAAAAGGUGAAUUUAUACAAGAAUGUUAGAGGCAUCUGAGACGGAGGGCUCACUCAUUAAUUACAAUCUCCGACGCCAAUGAAGAUUAUGGAUGUACUGACAGAAAAUCUGCAUGGCAUUAUUAAACUAGCAGCGGUUAACUGAUGGAGUUUAAAACCACAUGUCCUCUUUUUUAAAUUCUUAAAGUUCCCCAAUGAUGGACGGCGGGCAAUCAACAAGGACUUUCACAGCUGAUUGUGCAGCUUUUGCCAACACAUGAAAAGGAAGAAACAUGUUUUGUCUGUUGAAAUCUCGGAGUUUAUCAGACCGCAGCACGGCUAUGGGGAUCAGAAAAACCACCUCUAAAAUAUACUUCUAUUUUAUUUUGCUCCUGCUCAUUUUCACACCUAGAGUGGAUUCAUCGUGGUGGUACAUCGGAGCGCUGGGAGCUCGGGUGAUCUGCGACAACAUUCCCGGCCUGGUGAACAAGCAGCGGCAGCUGUGCCAGCGACACCCAGACCUGAUGCAGUCCAUCGGUGAGGGAGCCAAAGAGUGGAUAAAAGAGUGCCAGCACCAGUUCAGACACCACCGCUGGAACUGCAGCACGCUGGACCGGGACCACACUGUGUUUGGCAGGGUGAUGCUGCGAAGCAGCCGCGAGGCAGCGUUCGUGUAUGCCAUCUCUUCAGCAGGAGUGGUCUAUGCCAUUACCAGGGCCUGCAGUCAGGGGGAGCUAAAGAUCUGCAACUGUGACAGCCAUAAACGAGGGCGAGCCAGCGAUGACAGAGGCAAUUUCGACUGGGGCGGAUGUAGCGACAACAUCAACUACGGCAUAAAAUUUGCCAAGGCCUUCGUAGAUGCUCGAGAGAGGAUGGUGAAAGAUGCUCGUGCACUGAUGAACCUUCACAACAACCGGUGCGGUCGUAUGGCAGUGAAGCGCUUUAUGAAGCUGGAGUGCAAGUGUCACGGGGUCAGUGGCUCCUGUUCUCUGAGAACCUGCUGGCUGGCCAUGUCCGACUUCAGGCGGACUGGAGACUACCUUCGGAAGAAGUACAACACAGCCACCGAGGUGACCAUGAACCAGGACGGGACCGGUUUCAUGGUGGCUGACAAGGACUUCAAGGGAAGCACCAAGAACGAGUUGGUGUAUGUCGAGAACUCGCCAGAUUACUGUCUCAUGGACCGCACAGCAGGCUCCUUGGGGACAGCAGGCAGAGUGUGCAACAAGUCCUCCAGAGGCACAGACGGCUGUGAGGUCAUGUGCUGUGGGCGGGGCUAUGACACUAUGCGUGUCAAGCGUGUCACCAAGUGCGAGUGCAAAUUCAAGUGGUGCUGCGCCGUGGAGUGCAAAGACUGCGAGGACGUGGUGGACGUUCACACCUGCAAGCCCCACAAGCGACCAGAUUGGCUGGACAUAACCUAAUGAGGAGACCUGACCAAUCAAAGUCACCACUGACUCAUUAAUCUGUGCGCUAAUGACUGCAUUUUAUUAUGGGAUAAAUAAUAAUUGGGAUCUCUUUACUGUAUUACCCCCUGGCUCCUCCUUUGAAACUUCCUGAAGCAGAGACUUCACAGACCUUGAUGCUAAACUGGAAAUUAGGCCCAGUUACUGAUUGUGUGCUGCUUUAAUUAGUGUUUCUAAGAACAAUUUAUUGAGCUUUUUUAAUACAAACUUUGGAUCUUUGAUACAAAAUGGCUGAAUAUUAUAUUUUCUGUUAACGCACCCUUCGUUGAGGCAGAGAUAUUAAGUAAUGUCUGCUUGUUUUACAAUAUGUAAAGACUGUUUGAGCACAUGACAUACGUAGCUCAAGUUGAUGAUAAUAGUAAUAUUUAGCCUGGAGAGAGAGAAAGAAAGAAAAGAGGGAUCUGUUUUGAGAUAUUGUAAAAACACUGACACUGUAUCAUUUAAAAUGAUAUCCAGACAUUGUAUGGUACUGAAAUGAAUCAUUGAAAAUACAAAUGACAGUUGCUGCUAGUUAGUGCAACUCUAACAAACUAACAGAAAGUCAGAGGGAGCUUAUGAAAAAAGUUCCUACUCGAAAAAGGACAGACAAUCACACUGUGAACCCAAAUGCACCGCAAACACAAGAACAAGCAAGGACUUUCAGUUCAAGUUGCGGCAUACUCGCUGCAGAGCUGAAUUUUGGCAGGUUCUUGGGAGAAAACGGACACAACAAUUAAGCUUCAUAUGGAUUUUCCAUACAGUUUGACCGUAAAGGGUCUAAGACAUUCUGUCUGAGUUGCCCUAUGGACAACUUUGUCAUUUCUACCUCUGGUUCCUCGUUUCAUUUUUUUCUGCAGUGCUACACCGAAAGCUUCAAGCUAUUGUCCUUAGCCAUUUUUAGACAGCCAAGAGCUCUGCGUAAAAAAAAGUGUUUUUUUUAAACCCUCAUUCUUUUCAAUUUGGCUACUGUGGCAAAAGUUGUUGAAAAUGUUGAAUCUGGCUGAAGUUUUUAAGCAAGGCACUGUGCAGGCCAAUCAAAUACAUUAAAGUGCGCAUUCAAUGUGAAUGCUGAAAUUCUACCGUUCACCUGAUGAUCGUCAUGAAAGAGGAUGAAAUGAUUUUUGACAUCAUGACUUUGAAAGUAGUCAUAUCCAGUGUCAAUAGUAUUGCACUGCUGUGCAGUGAUGUGUGAUACGCAUUCAAAAUCAUGGAUUUAUUAGUUAAAACUACUUAUAUCAUCUGUACCUUAAACAAAGGUAAAUGUGUUUUCCCUGGUUGCUGCUUAGUCUCAGUUUGCAAACUGAAGCUUUACUGAUCUGAAAAAACAAUCUGUUCUGUUGUAAUGAAGGCUCGAGAUGACAGUAAUUGAUGGUGGUACAUAACUAGCCUCACCUUCAUUACUGCCAGCUUUAAUGUACAACAGCUAUGUGUCACUCACAGUUUACACUGCUGUUAAUGCAAUGCUACUUCCCUCAAACUAGAAGGCCUUAGAGUGUGAAGUGUCACGACAUUUAUAUGCUGCUAUAGUUUCAUAUAUCCUUAAUAAAACUGAACAGCAAGACUUGUACUGUAAGCUGAAGUUCGUAAUUAUGCAGGAAGAUAUUAAAACACAAAGUUUCUGUUAA